UCUUACAUACAAAGCCUCGUCAAAUGGGUCAGGUUUAUGCUAUUUUUACGCACUAUAAUAUGCAUUACACGAGCCUGCCCCACGCCGGCCACGGCUCGGCCCGGAAAUAAGUCCGGCGCCGAGACGGGCCAGCGCCAGACGGGCCGCCGAGGGAAACGUCAAAGGAAUGGCCUCGUAGCGGCGCCCCGCCUCGCCGCCCCGCGAUGCUGCAGCAGAUCCUCGCGUGGUAAGCAAUGUACGACUCCCUGGGGCCCCGAGGUGGAGGAGAGAUGGACCCCCACAACAAAUGCAUGGGUGGGCGUGUGUGGUGUGUCUCAGACAUUUGUGGCAUCAUCUGUGCAGUGAUGACAUGGUUGCUGGUGACAUACGCUGAGUUUGUGGUAGUGACAGUGGUGGUGGGCACGGCGAACUACCCCAUCUACACUACACUCAAUCUGCUGCUGUUCAAUGUGUUUGCGGUGCUCGCCCUCUCCUCACACACCCGUGCCAUGUUUACCGAUCCGGGGGCAGUACCCAAGGGCAAUGCCACACGUGAGAAUAUCCAGCGUAUGGGCCUGAGGGAGGGCCAGGUGAUCUUCAAGUGCCCUAAGUGCUGCAGUAUCAAGCCUGAGCGUGCUCACCACUGCUCUGUGUGUCAGCGCUGCAUCCGCAAGAUGGACCACCACUGCCCCUGGGUCAACAACUGUGUUGGGGAGAACAAUCAGAAGUUCUUUGUUCUUUUUACACUCUACAUUGCCCUGUUGAGUCUACACGGCCUGUUCCUCGGCAUCUACCAGUUCAUCAUCUGUGUCAAAAAUGAGUGGCGGGAGUGUUCCUCCUUCUCCCCUCCAGCCACAGUCGUCCUUCUUCUCUUCCUCAUCUUCGAAAGUCUGCUUUUUGCCAUAUUCACAGCAGUCAUGUUUUUCACUCAAGUCAAUGCAAUCUGGAAUGAUGAGACGGGUAUUGAGCAGCUGAAGAAGGAGCAAGCAAGCUGGGAGAAAAAGUCACGGUGGCGGAGCAUUCAAGCUGUGUUUGGCCGCUUUUCCCUCACCUGGUUCAGCCCAUUCACGUCACCGCCACUUCCCACAAAGACUCAUUCAUACAUGUAUGCCGUAUAGUUCUGUAGGAUAGUGCAAAAAUUACCAUUGAGAUGUAAAGAGUAAAUGUGAAACAUAUUUAUAUUCCAAGAGUCAGGGGCACUUAAUUACUAGAACUGAAGUGUUUUGUAUCUUAUGACAUUUGUUACCACUGAGAACAACUUGUUUAGUGUUUGACACAAAAAUAUUAUGUCCUGUUAAGAACCCUUCAGCCCAUGAAGUCGAUUCCUAUGCUGAAACAGUAUAGUUUUUGCAAUAUUAAGUAUUCAAUCAAUAUCCCAGAAAGGCAGCAUGAAAGUCGUGAUUAAGUGUGAAUUUAGUCCUAUCACAAUCAUUUGAUGUGUCUGAUAAUAAUUUAAUUGUUUUAUUUUAUAUAGUUCUUUACAUACUUCGCUGUUGGCUGCAUAAUUUACUUAUAGAAUUAUUAGCUAUUUUAGCUGUGAUUUGUAAUGAAUUUUCACUUACUUGACACGGGUCAAAAUUGUUUAGUGCCGGUAACUUACCAAUCAAUUCCUCCCUGAACACUGUUAGGCCUAGCACACCCAGGCAGUGCCAAGCACCAAGAGAUAGCAGUAGUACACAGUCCUAUGAUUUCUGACCAUCCAGGAUGCAAUAUAUAUAUAUAUAUAUAUAUAUAUAUAUAUAUAUAUAUAUAUAUAUAUAUAUAUAUAUAUAUAUAUAUAUAUAUAUAUAUAUAUAUAUAUAUAUAUAUAUAUAUAUAUUGUGUAUAUUGUCUGCACAUUGUCUGUAUAGCUGCAUAGCACACUUGGUGACGGACUGCGAGGCACUGCGUCUGCCAGGUUGGCAGUGGGGCCCUGCGGGGUAUCCGUAUUGUUUCCAGUAUGGGUAAAAUUUUACAAAUGUGACAAUGUCGCACUGGCAGACGAAACAUUUUUUGGGGGGUAGUUUUCUGGGUGUUAUAAUAUAAUCUGAUAACUGUUUCUGUCACAAACCAUUAACCCUUUCCAUCCGUGACGCAGAUGUCAGCGUCACAGUAUGGAGAGGGUCAAGAGGAAAUGGAAGAGGAUUAAUCCUCUUCUAAACCUCUCAAUCCUCCUCUAAAUUCCUCUUAAUCCUUUUUCAUUUCCUCUUAAGAGGUUUAGAAGAGGAUUAGGAAGAAAUGGAAGAGGAUUGAGAGGUUUAGAAGAGGACUAACCCUUUCCCUACGGUGACGCUGUCAGACGCUGACGUCGGCGUCGCCGGAGUGAAGGGGUUAAAUGACUGACUUUGCGUUGCCUGUUGUGCAGCUGCAGCCACAAAAUAAUUCGCAGAGAGAUGUUCAACUUGAUUACAAUUUCUACAUUUCAUCUCGCUGCUCACAAAGAUCACAAGUGGACAAACUUGAACAAAACCAGGCAAGUUAAUGUUUUUCCUGACGUCUAUUCCCCCACUGCGCAUGCGUGAUGGACAGCAGAGCGACUUAUUUCUGCAAGGAGGUAUUUCUUGCAACACCGGCCUGCGAAUUGGACCACACACGCCGCCGCUAUGUCCCGUCCUGCUCUGCGUAUUUCCGCACUCCACACCGAGUGCUGAAUAAAAUUACUAACCAAACAUAACAUAACUUACCUAAAUGGGGUCUUAGCCCCCCUCGACCUCCAUAAGCUGUGUCAGUAAUGACACUCAAACACAUGGCCAUUUUACAAUACAUUUACAUCCUGGAUUGAUGCAUAAGACUUUCUUGUGGUAUUGAUACGUUCUUCAUUUAUAUGCAAACCACAAGGAGGAAAAUAUUUCUUCAGGUGGGUUCAAAAAGACUAUAGUAACCCAAGGAUGGGGCAGCAAAUAAAGGGAGGAGGGCGAGAUGGCUAGCAGGUGCUAUUGCAGUUACUGGAAACGGGUAGCUAAAAAACUAUUCUUGGUCGGUCCCCGUGAAUUUCUAACCAUCUGACCUUGUCCGUUAUAUCCAAAAUCCAUUUUAAGCGGGUCCGUUAUAUCAAGGGUUUACUAUAUAUAUAUAUAUAUAUAUAUAUAUAUAUAUAUAUAUAUAUAUAUAUAUAUAUAUAUAUAUAUAUAUAUAUAUAUAUAUAUAUAUAUAUAUAUAUAUAUAUAUAUAUAUAUAUAUAUAUAUAUAUAUAUAAACACAUGCACACACACAGAAAUAUAUGAUAAAAUGUUGUGUGCUUCUGACUGAUGUAGUAGAUUGUUUUAAUGGCUAGGUCAGUUUUCAUGGGAGCUGUCAUGGAAGGGUUUGGCCCUGCAGUGGCCCCCACCAGCACUAACCGAGUGUUGCUAAUUUUUUUAUGGGUCGCGGGUGUGGUGCUCAAUUCAGUGGUGGUUGUCCCUGUGGUCACUGGGCUUGGUCACUCCACUGGCCUGCUGCACCAGUGGCUUCAUAGAUCAGUGUUUAAAUUCUCCUUGAUCUUUGUCUUAUAAGUAUUAUUUAAAAACAAUAGAUAUACAUUUUUUUUAAGUGCAGUAUGGGAACCCAUAUCUGGGUUCAGGGGGUUGUCAGAUAUAUAUAUUUUUAUGGGUGUUUGAAUACUAGGCUAGAAGUGUAGGUAGAUAUAGAUCCAUAAGCAAAGAAACGAACAAUUUUUCAAGCUUUACUUCCAAGUGAAAGGAUACUGAAAGCUUGUACUGGUCAUUAUCAUGCUUAUUGCAAGGGUCCAAAGAAAGACAUUCAUAUUUUUCCAAGGGCAUACCAUGUGUUCUUUGAGCAAAGUAUGCUCACAUUGAUGAAUAUUGCAGUCUUCAUCAAUGGUACGUGUUUCCCUAUUUUCAUAGUUCUGGUGUUUCAGACAUUGGCUGUAGGGGUCAGGGAAUUGAGACCUCCGUCGUCACAACUAGCUCAAAUAUUUCCCUUUACUCAAAAGAUUAGUGAGUGUAAUGUAGGGAGGGAAGCUGGGUAUGGGAUCCCUUACUGUACUCUACAGAGAUGUGAAUUUUCCAUCCAGUAGCUUCAAGAUUCUUAAUUAUGUAUAUUAGAUUGUCUGCACAUAAUUUUAUGUAAAGUUGAACUGUUUUUUGUUAAAUACGAUGUAUAUAUUUCAAUCAUCAUUGUAGUUUAAAACUGAUGAGUUUUACAGCAUAAUAAUUUGCUGAAGAUAAAAAGGAAAUUACAUAAGAGAUCUGACUUGGCUUGGUACAUAGAUUACAUCAUUUUUUCUUAUGGCUGACACUGACAGUUUGCCACAAUAGUAAUACAAGCAUUACAAAAAAUACGAAUGCUCUUGCAAUGUGACUAUGAUAAUUUUGGGGGAUUUUAUGACCUUAUAAAUGUAAUGUUGGUUGCUUCAUAGAAUUUGAUGCAGUGAGUCUUAAAGCUAUUUUUAGCUUUGAUCACAAGCAUUGUACUAACUUAGUUUUCAUGAAUUUGCUCAUUAUUAACACUGAAUUAGUCAUGACAUAUCAAUCAGGGAGAUAGGAGGAUAUGGAGAAAACUUUUAAUUUAUUUAAUUUUUUAUAUAUUUUCCCUCCCCACCAAGAAUCACCUCAGUACAGUUGGUAGAUGUGCACAGGAGGCCAACGAACCCCACGAGUGAGGGGAGGAAGACUUGGCUCGAUGUUCUUGAGUCUUGUGAUUUCACUUGGGGAAGACAAACUGGCUUGAAUUUCCCCGACUGAAUAAUCCCGAAGUAUGUUGAAAUCCCAUCUUUUUUGACUACAUGAUUGGUUAAACCUCAAGUUAUUGCUAUUGUGGAGGUUUUGCUUGAUGAGUGAAUGAACAGGUUGUUAGGGUGGGUGGAGACUUGAUGCCCAUAGAAUGAGAUAUUUUAUCUGUCAAGUAUAUCUUAUUCUUUUAUACAAUUUGUAUCUGCCUGUUUGUCAUCAGUGUCAUAAUCAUCAUCACAAUCAUCAUCAUCAUUAUCAUGCAUCUUCAGUUUUGUGAUCAUCAUUAUCAUCCUAAUUAUUUGUGUUAAAUAGAAUUUUUGGUAUCAGGCAGGUAGUAGGGAAGUGUAGAAAAGUAGCAAACUAUUUAUGGUAGCAAUGGAAUUUGAGAAGGUGUAUGAUAUGGGUACCGAGAAUGGACUCAGAAGGGUUAAUGGCAUGAGAGUUACAGUAUAACUUGUAUAUCAGUCAUUUUUUCACCGAGACUGAAGCUGGGCAGUGAUAUGUAAUGUCACAAGCCAUUUAAUGUUAACAUUCACACAUUAAUGAAGUUAUGUAAAUGGUAAUAUCUUUGGUGCUGGAGAGGAUUCUAGAGCUAGUUAGUAGUGAAAUGGAAGGCAAUGGAACAUUGUAAGGGGUGUAAAGGAUGUUAAUUGAGUCAGGGUAGGAUUUUAUCUGUGUUGAAAGCACUGUAGGUGUGUAAGUGAAGAGUAAUGAAACUUGCUGUGCAGGAUAUAGUGGUGAAGAAGGAGGGGACUGCACACUGCAUUGUUUAAAUAAAUAUUAAUAAGUUGCAA